AUGGAACAGGCUUCGAACGUUGGUGAUACUCGAAAGUUCUACCGUCUGAUCCGCCAAGUUAGCGGUAAGCCCUCUGCACUGAGGGACUCUGUUCGCGACGUGAACGGCAGCUGUAUUGCUGACAACUCGGCCGAAGUCGAGCGCUGGCGUGAGCACUUUGAGCACUAUAUCAACUUCGAUGCCCAUUCUACCUCGCCCUUGCUCUCCUUUUCAGUGGAGUUUUUUCCCUCUGCGGACUAUGCAGUGCCAUGCGACCCCCCUUCUGAAGGAGAAGUCGCCGAUGUCAUUCGAAAGUUGAGCAACAAUAAGGCACCCGUCGAAGACGGUAUACCCACUGAAAUCUUCAAGUCUUGUGUCGACACCCUGGCGCCCUGGCUCCAUGAGGUGAUUGAACGAGCGUGCAGAGACGAGGUUGUUCCUGAUGACUGGGGCUUAGGCAUCCUUGUACCUAUCUGA